UGAUUUCCAGAGUCCGGGUGCCAGAUGUUGUGAAGUUUCGAAACUCCAAAUCUUUUCUGAUUUUAUGCCGAGUCUGUCCGUUCUGCAAAUCGUGUGUGCGUGUGUCUGAGCGCGGGGUCCUUUUGUUCGACUAUAAAGGGACGGGGACUGCAUCGCUCCUCCCGCUUAUAGUGGACGGCCUGAACUAGACAGAAGACAUCUCAUACUCACAUUUUCUUGUCCAGCGACGAUCAGCACCAACAACCAAACUUCUAUCUUUCAUCUCCCCGCCCGAAUUCUCACUCGGCGUCACCAACGAAUGCCCGGCGCCUUUCUGUCGGUGCGCACUUCAAGCCUCUGCAGCUGUUGAUCUCUCCGAGGGAACGGAGUGAUCUCCGAAGUCCACCAUCUCGCCACAGUGCUCCGCUCGUUUCUGUGGAGGCGAUUUUCAUCGAGAGCUUGCAGAAGAAUUUUCAUCACGUACAACCUCACAGCGAAACGAGAGGGCGAAACGAGAGGUCCAAAGGUGAUCAUUUAACGAUUGAUCUCGAAGACCUGGAAGCGCUUGGAGCUGCGCAGGCUGGGAAAAGAAGGAGGGCCGACGACCGGCGGUUGAUCAUCAGAGAAAAACGAGAGCACUUUACAGACACUGAGGCAGAGUUAGAAUUGAGGGCUUUGAGUCAUUUAAGAGAGCAAUUUUGUUCUUGAGUAAAUUCUUGGUGGCUGGGUCAAUUUUGAGGGGAAAAAUCUACAACACCAAUAGCAGCUGAUUGACUGACCAAAGCUUAGAAAUGGGCGGGUGUUUGGUAUGGAACAUUAGCUUGGUGACGUAUCGCAUGCACAGGCUGCGUGCAUUCUACCGAUCGAAAGGACUGGUAUCGAGGUACAUUCGGCUCGAGAACGGGACUACUAUUCGAUGCUGGGUGCAUCUACGUGACUCUUCUCAAAGACGCAAAUGGGGCGGAGACAAGAACAAGGGGAAGCCCAAUCCCCAUCCUACAGUUAAACCCCUCGAGGAGCGCAAGGCCGUCCUCUUCCUACAUGGUUUCGCCGAGGACGGUACAGCUGCAUUUGAACACCAAGUUGCCGCCUUCAGCAAGGAGUACAGAGUCUACAUUCCUGAUCUUAUUUACUUCGGUUCUUCUUCUACCACAAAUCAAUCCCGAACCGAGGUUUUCCAAGCCGACUGUAUGCAUGAUUUGCUCAUCAAGCUCAAUGUUAAGGAGGCACAUGUGGUCGGAAUAGACUACGGGGGCUUGGUGGCGUUCUGGAUGGCGCACAAGUACCCGGAGAUGGUUCGAAAACUAGUGCUUUGCAGCAGCGGCAUUUGCCAGACUCCGCACACGUACGACUCACUGCUGAGAAGUCUAGAAAUGAAUCGUGUCGAUGAGAUUCUACUGCCCACUACCUGCGAUGGGCUGAAGCUCACUUACAGUCUGCUGUACUCGAAGCCCGUCCAUCUGCCCGAUUUCAUCCUCCAACAACUCCUAGACUUCUUCUAUUCGGUCAGUUUGCGACCACGCAGAGUACAACUUCUGGAACAUCAAGUGAUUGGAUCCGAGAACUGCCCUCAUCUCCCGACUCUGAGACAGGAAGUACUGAUAAUUUGGGGAAGAGAGGACAAAAUAUUCAAGCUCGACCUAGCGUACCAGCUACGACAACAUCUGGGACCGAACAAUGCAAAAUUGGUGAUUCUAGAUGGAUGCGGCCACAUGCCACAUGCCGAGAAGCACAAGGACUUCAACGCCAUCGUAUCAGAAUUUCUCGAUGAUUCAGUUCCGGACGAUAUGUACAUGUAUCCCGACAUCAAGAGCAAAGCUAGGUAGAAAGUCACCACCACGAACAAUUUACUUUCUUAGCAGCGAGCGAGCAAGUCAUACAGAUCGGAAGCGUUUGGACACACACAGAACGAAGUUCUGACCAUGGAUGAAGAUGCGCUACAACUGGUACGAAAAUUGACGACCAUCUUCAUGAGCCCACAAUCAGCGAGAUACUCUUUUUUCGACGGGAUUGGUCAUACUUCUGCGCUCUACGUCCCCGAUCACGUUCUACGACGAGGAAAUCGAAGGGGAUCCUAGACGUGUGAUUCAGUUCGUUCACAGAAGAGAUUUUUAUUGCUCCGGAUCAUCGAGGAUGCACUUUGUACAAAAUAAUGAGUCCUAGUUCGAAUGCGGGUCAUGAUGAACGAGCAUUCACUGUAAAAAUUCUGAACGCAGUUGUCGUGGCGUAAUUUUACCAAUCGCUAUUCAAUACUAUCAGAAGUAGAAGCGGGAUCUAAAGACACCAGCCCCGUAGCUUCAGUUUGUCACCCUUACUAAUUUAGAAGAGCGAGGCCUGAUAUCCACGAAAAUGUGAGGUACGGUAUCCAAAGUCUAAUAUCAACACGCAACAAUUUUGCA